CACAUCUACGUUUCUUUUCUUUCCUCAACUCAUCCCCGUUGGACGAGAGGAAAGGGAGUGUCGCGUUUUGUGCUUCAGAAGAAAACAACUCGAGCGCUAGGUGUCCUGUGGUGAGGACUGUAGCUACACAUACACAUUCGCACAUAUCUACCAUGGCGCGCAUCUCCGCUCGUCAGGGUGCGGCCAAGCCCUUCACGGCUUGGACCACCAUCUUCUACCUUCUUCUCGUUUUCAUUGCCCCUCUGGCUUUCUUCGGUACCGCACACGCUCAGGAUGACUCGUCAGUACAAGACAACUACGGCACUGUCAUUGGUAUCGAUCUGGGAACCACCUACUCCUGUGUUGGUGUGAUGCAGAACGGCAAGGUUGAAAUCCUCGUCAACGACCAAGGAAACCGUAUCACUCCCUCCUACGUCGCUUUCACCGAUGAGGAACGUCUCGUCGGUGACGCCGCUAAGAACCAAUACGCCGCCAACCCCCGCCGUACCAUCUUCGAUAUCAAGCGCCUGAUUGGUCGCAAGUUCGAUGACGCCGAUGUUCAGAAGGACGCCAAGAACUUCCCCUACAAGGUCGUCAACAAGGAUGGCAAGCCCGUCGUCAAGGUCGAGGUCAACCAGACCCCCAAGACCCUGACCCCCGAGGAGGUUUCCGCCAUGGUUCUGGGCAAGAUGAAGGAGAUUGCCGAGGGCUACCUUGGAAAGAAGGUCACCCACGCCGUUGUCACCGUUCCCGCCUAUUUCAACGACGCCCAGAGACAGGCUACCAAGGAUGCCGGUACCAUUGCCGGUCUCAACGUCCUCCGUGUUGUCAACGAGCCCACCGCCGCCGCCAUCGCCUACGGUCUGGACAAGACCGACGGGGAGCGCCAGGUCAUCGUCUACGAUCUCGGUGGUGGUACCUUCGAUGUCUCUCUCCUGUCGAUCGAUGACGGUGUUUUCGAGGUCUUGGCUACCGCCGGUGACACCCACCUUGGUGGUGAGGAUUUCGACCACCGUGUCAUGGACUACUUCGUCAAGCAGUACAACAAGAAGAACAACGUCGACGUCACCAAGGACCUCAAGGCCAUGGGUAAGCUCAAGCGUGAGGUCGAGAAGGCCAAGCGUACUCUGUCUUCCCAGAUGUCCACCCGCAUUGAGAUCGAGGCCUUCCACAACGGCGAGGAUUUCUCCGAGACCCUGACCCGUGCCAAGUUCGAGGAGCUGAACAUGGAUCUCUUCAAGAAGACCCUGAAGCCUGUUGAGCAGGUUCUCAAGGACGCUAAGGUCAAGAAGUCCGAGGUCGACGAUAUCGUUCUUGUUGGUGGAAGUACCCGUAUCCCCAAGGUCCAGGCUCUCCUGGAGGAGUUCUUCGGUGGCAAGAAGGCCAGCAAGGGUAUCAACCCUGACGAGGCUGUUGCUUUCGGUGCUGCCGUCCAGGGUGGUGUUCUGUCCGGCGAGGAGGGUACUGCUGGAGUCGUUCUGAUGGAUGUCAACCCCUUGACUCUCGGUAUCGAGACCACUGGUGGAGUCAUGACCAAGUUGAUCCCCAGAAACACCGUCAUCCCCACGCGCAAGUCCCAGAUCUUCUCUACUGCCGCUGAUAACCAGCCUACCGUUCUCAUCCAAGUUUACGAGGGUGAGCGUUCCUUGACCAAGGACAACAACCUGCUCGGCAAGUUCGAGCUUACCAGCAUUCCUCCCGCCCCCCGUGGUGUUCCUCAGAUUGAGGUCUCUUUUGACCUUGAUGCCAAUGGUAUCCUGAAGGUGAGCGCCAGCGACAAGGGCACCGGCAAGGCUGAGUCCAUCACCAUCACCAACGACAAGGGCCGUCUGUCCCAGGAGGAGAUCGAGCGCAUGGUGGCCGAGGCCGAGCAGUUCGCCGAUGAGGACAAGGCCAUCAAGGCCAAGAUUGAGGCCCGCAACGGACUGGAGAACUACGCCUUCAGCCUCAAGAACCAGGUCAACGACGAGAAUGGCCUGGGUGGCCAGAUCGAUGAGGAUGACAAGCAGACCAUUCUGGAUGCUGUCAAGGAGGUGACCGACUGGCUGGAGGACAACGCUGCCACUGCUACCGAGGAGGACUUUGAGGAGCAGAAGGAGCAGCUGUCCAACGUGGCCUACCCCAUCACCAGCAAGCUGUACGGCUCUGCCCCGGCUGAUGAGGAUGAAGAGUAUGGCCAUGACGAAUUGUAAAAUACGUUAUUCUUAGAGGGAUUUCCAGGAGUUUGCAUUGCUUGAUUGAUCCGAAGACCAACAUUUUGGUUUGAUAGUUUAAAUAUGAUACCUAUCCUAGAU